UGGGGAUCUGACCAGUGGAAACGAGCACAAUGCAGCUUUAAGACUGCAGUGUGGCUGACUGUUCGUGCCAGACACAAUACAAUACACUACACUACACGAAUAACUUUCCCAUGCACCGUUAGACGUUGCACAAGCAGCAGCGCUCCAAGAAAGACAUCAAAGGCAUCCAAUGUGCCCAUGGUUUUCAGAAAUUGGGCCAGAGCAAGCAUGGACGGUUGCAACACAGGGAUAUUCCGAGCCCAAGGAGGCAAUUGAAUGAGACAUGGCCAUGGACGUUAGGAAAAGAAAGAACGGCGAGAAGGAAGAUUUGGCCUCGGAUGAUAGAAACCCGAAGUCGCCGGGAAAAGGAAGGAAAGCACCGCACCCUGAGCGCUCCCCUCGCCGCCGCUGUUCCAAACUCCUUGCCAUAUUGUUUUUACUUCUGUUCGUUCCGAUUGCUUCGCUACUCGGAAUAAAAUACUACCGAGAUGGGCUGCACGCUAGGCGUCACGAGGCUGCCCUACACUGCCUGGGGAAUGAAGGGCUGUUUCUCUUCUCCUCGCUGGACUCUGAUAAUGACAUGUUCCUCAGCCCAGAGGAGUUUAGAACCAUUGCAGAGAAACUCACAGGUAUCUCCCCACCCGCGGAGUCCGAGGAGGAGUGGGGCCCCGAUGAGAACGGAGAGAACCUCACUGUUGUGGCCAAAUUCCAGCCUCUCGUGAUGGAAUCCAUGACGAAAAGCAAAGACGGGUUCCUGGGGGUCUCCCACAGCUCUCUGAGCGGGCUGAGGGACUGGAAGAGCCCUGCUUCCCCCUCCAGAGUCUACUCUGCCAGCCAGUUCAGAGCCUUCCUGCCCCCCAAGAACAAGCUGGAGGUGGGGGAGUCCUGGUGGCUCAUCCCCAGCGAGCUCAACAUCUUCACAGGGUACCUGGCCAACAACCGCUACCACCCCCCAGCUCCACGGGGCAAAGAGGUGCUCAUUCACAGUCUCCUGAGCAUGUUCCACCCGCGUCCCUUUGUGAAGACCCGUUUCGCUCCACAGGGGGCAGUGGCCUGUGUCCGAGCCAUCAGCAACUACUACUACGACAUCGUCUUCAGGAUCCACGCAGAGUUUCAGCUGAACGAUGUUCCAGAUUUCCCGUUCUGGUUCUCUCCCGGUCAGUUCACAGGAAACAUCGUCUUGUCCAGGGAUUCCUCCCACGUGCGUGAAUUCCGUCUCUACGUUCCCAACAACAGGUCACUGAAUGUGGACAUGGAGUGGCUGUAUGGAGCCAGUGAGAGCAGCAACAUGGAGGUGGAUAUUGGCUACCUGCCCCAGAUGGAGCUUGAAGCCGCCGCCCCUUCGAUCCCCUCUUUCAUUCACGACGAGGAGGGGAAUGUGAUUGACAGCCUGGACGCCAACGGAGAGCCAAUCCAGUUUGUGUUUGAGGAGAUUGAGUGGCUCUCGCAGAUCACGAGAGAGGAGGCGGGCCGGCGCCUGGAGGUCACGCUGUACCCCUUCAAGAAGGUUUCGUACCAUCCCUUCAGCGAAGCCUUUGACCGAGCCAAGGCAGAGAAUAAGCUGGUGCACUCCCUCCUGCUGUGGGGGGCCUUGGAUGACCAGUCCUGCUGAGGUUCGGGGCGGACUCUCCGGGAGACAGUCCUGGAAAGUUCGCCCGUCCUGGCUCUGCUCAAUCAGAGCUUCGUCAGCAGCUGGUCUCUGGUGAAGGAACUGGAGGAGCUGCAGAGCAACAAGGGUAACCCUGCCCAUGCUCAGUUAGCCAGCCUGCAUUUAGAGAAGUACAACUUCCCUGUGGAGAUGAUGGUGUGUCUGCCCAAUGGGACUGUGGUUCACCACAUCAACGCAAACUACUUCCUAGACGUGACUUCCAUGAGACCCGAGGAGCCGGACAAGGGAAACCUCUUUGAUUUCUCAGCGGGAUUUGAGGACCCCUCCACUGCCACAUACAUCCGCUUCCUGAAGGAGGGGCUGGAGAAAGCCCGGGAGUACCUGGGGAACUAGACGGCACAGGAGAGCUUGGAAAGACUCCAAUACCCCCAGUGCUCUUCCAGACCAGUCCAAGACCUUAUUUCAAGGGAUAUAGCUAAUUAAAUAAUUCCUAAGAAAUCUGUGCAGUUUGAGCAAACAGAACGGUUCGACUUCACUUCAUAGUUCUCUUGCCCAAACUGCACAAGAUGAAAUGUCUUCUACUGUGAGAGACCCCUGCAUACAAUUACUGCCCUGUCAUGUUUACCUUCCCCUCAUUCAGGGCAGUCUAUUGUAAUCGUUUCUUGAUUUUCUCCCCUGUAUACCGAACCAGCUGUUUAAAGUGUAGAAGGGUCGGUCUGUACAGAGGUCAUUCACGGAUGUUCUAUGCGUUUGCACAGGAGCGAGAGUGAAUUGCUUAUUAGUCCAGCUGGAUCACAGCCCCCCUUCAAACUCCUCAUGCACACAAGAGAAUAGACGCCACCUUGUUAGUCAGUGGUGGGCUCUAUUACCCACUUGUUGCCCUUGUUACAUGCCAGGAUCCUGUAGGUUCUCUAUUCAAAAACUGAAAGGAUUGUAACCUCUCAAACAGGAGGUAUAUUGAAAGAGAGGUGUCCUGCUAGCUGCUUGGGGGUUUUCUAUUGGUUGCCCAGCAGGUUCCAUGGUUAGUUUUGUAGUAGUGGGGUUUAACUUACACCUAAUGCCCAUGCACACUCAUUAUAUAGGUCUUUUGUUUUUAAAGAAAAUAGAUUUUCAUUUUAAAAUGGUAUCUGAUACUAAACAAGGCUAAAGAAAUGUCUGUUUACAAGCCAUGCUUACAGACUGUCUUGUACUUCCUGGGUCAUUUUACCUGGAGGGUGAAGUUGUCCCCACCCCUUCAAUGGCUUCUUUCCUGUCAAUAGCCAAUCAGCUGCUUCCCCUAUUGACUGACAUGCUUUUAGCCAGUAACAUGCUUUGACUCAGAAGCUACUGCCGAGGUGAAAUGACCAAGGAAUUUCUACUAUUAGGAUCUGAAAUUCUGCCUGGAAAGAUCCCAACUGGAGUUUGUAUCGGUCGAGGCAACAACUGGGAUCUCUGCCGACAGAAUUUCAAAUUGUAUUGAAGGAAUAUGUUGGAAUUUAAAGUGGUCUUCUGGGCAAUCAAAGUGGACAAUCCAGCCUUUUUUGUUACAUGAUUUUUUUUUUUUUUUUUUCUGGUUAUACCAAAAAUGACAGACUGCAAAAUGUACUGUAAGAAUGUAUGCGGUAUGUAUUGUUUUUAUAAUUUUACAUUGUGUGUUUUUUAUGCUGCAUGGUAGACAGCCUGCUUUUUUAUGUAAUACCAUGGUAGCCCCAUAGAGGGCAGUGUAGCGUGGACAUUUGGUUCUAGAACCAUUGCUCUUUGUGACGGCCUGCUCUGAAAGCCCUUUGUGGGCUGGGAUAGGCCUGAUGUUGAGUAGUUGUGUCUGGAAGCAAUGUCCCCUCUCUGCCCCUAGAAGGAGACGGUGGGUUUCUUUAUAUAUAGAACAAUACAUGCAAUUGAGAAUAUAUUUCCAUAGUCAAAAUCCUAGUUGGAAAGUGUAUUUUUCAUUUUCCUUGACAGACAUUUUAACAGAUUUACUUUAGUUGUUGGAUUUAAACGAAUAAAGACAUUGACAAUGUUUUUUGUCUUAAACAUUUGUUUACUUCACUGUCAUAUGUGACGCCCUGUAAUGCUAUUAACGCAUUCACCAUUCUCUCAACUACAGCAGUUAGUUGCCAUUUUAAUUUGCAUUGUGGUCCCAGUACAGUGCUGGCCAACACUAGUCCUCAAGCAUCUGAGUCUGUAUCAGCCAGGAGGCAAACGUGAACCAACCCUAAUGUCAUGAUUUUAAAAUAAACUGUUCAAUUACAUUAUAUACUGGCUUGUUCAGACUUCAUAUUCACAGGCUAAAUAUGCCAGUAACACUCCCAUUGCAAUAAGCCACAAAGGACUUUUUAUACUGUUUCAAACACUAUAAACCAACUUUAUUAAUGCUCCUUUCUUUUUGAGCUAGAUGCUUAAGCAAUACUUUUAAUUGCACUAAAAUCGCUAGUUAUGAAUUUCUUGUAAAACCAACCCGACUAUGUUGAGAAUGUUCAAUGGUACCCUUGAGUUGAUACAGAAGGGCUGGAAAACAAUUAUUUUACUAGCUUGCUGUUCAGGAGAAAAUGUGGGAGUCCACAUGCAUUAGAAACUGCAUAAGACACAUACUACCACUACUUUUAACUAGCCAUGAAUAUGUGAAUGUAAUGCAAUUUGCUGUAUAAGCCCUUCAAAGAGCAUUAUGUUAUUAAUAAAAUGUUAUUUUUCA